AUGAGUCUUAACGACCCCCUCCUUUGUAAAUCGGUCUUGGAAUUGGAAACAGAUCUAGCAGAACAACAAGAGUCGUUGCAGGAGAUACGGAGACAAAAAGUGAAAGUUGAUGAAAAUCAUGCGAGAAAUAUAAUGGACUUAGAGAGCCAAGAGCGGCAAAAGGAACAGAAACAGAAUGAAAUUAGUCGUCUAUUACGGAGAAAAAAGGUCUAUGAACGUUCUCGUGAUGAUAAACAAAUGGAUUUCGAUAAUUUACAAUCGAAAAUCAAUCGAAAAGGAUCUGAAAAGUCAAAAGUCGAACAGAAGGAUAAGGAUCAUCAGGAGCAACUGAAACAUAAUCGUACUGAACUAGAUCGUAUCCAGAGAAAAAUGACCAAUAUUGAAACUGAUACUAACAAGCUCGAUGAAAGUAUCAAACGAAAUCGAAAUAAUCAACAAAGCAAUAAAGUCUCCUCGACGCGAAAAAUAUUGCACUUGAAAAUGCAAAAAAAUCGUUAA